CAAUCUGAUGAUGCUGGAUGCUAGUGAAUAUGAUCUGAGGAUACAAAGAGAACAAACAACACACAAGAUGAUCCAGUUUGUAGAGUAAAGAAUGGGGAAAUGAAGAGUCAAUGUGAUCUUUAUUAUAACAGACCUGAAGUAACAGUAAUUAAAGGGACUCUGAUAAUAAACCCUGUGAACAGAACAGAUUCAGGGAAUUACAGAUUAACUGUCUAUAACUCAGAUGGCUCAGAAACAUCUAGAGAUCUUCACGUGAUUGUUGAAGGAUCAGCUACUGCUGCAGCGACCUCUAGCUUGACCUCUAGUUUGACCUCUGCAUCAACACAGACAUCAGAUUACGGUCUGGAUCGGUUCUGCAGUUUUGAUCAGUCUGAUCCCUGUUACACAGCUCUGGGACACAAACUCAAUCUACUGAUGGUGAACGCUAGUGAAUAUGAUCUGAAGAUACAAAAGAGAAUAAACAACCCACUAGAUGAUCCAGUUUGUAGAGUAAGAAAUGGAACGAUGAAGAGGAGUGAAUGUGAUCUUUAUAGAAACAGACCUGAAGUAACAGUCAUUAAAGGGACUCUGAUAAUAAACCCUGUGAACAGAACAGAUUCAGGGAAUUAUAGAUUAACUCUCCUGAACUCAGAAGGAUCAGAAACAUCUAGAGAUCUUCAGGUGAUUGUUGAAGGAUCAUCUUCUGCAGCUGUGACCUCUAGUUUGACCUCUACCUUGACCUCUAGUUUGACCUCUAGCUUGACCUCUGCAGUGACCAGCAGCACACAAACACCAGAACGUGUGUCUGUGGUGUUUGUUCUGGUCUGGUGUCUUCAGAUGAUGGUUCUGUUGGGUCUUUUAGGAGCUUUUCACAUCUACAUGAGACACACGUCAGGAAAGAAACAAGAAGAUCAGGAAGAGGACGAGAAGAUUUAGAGAAGGACAUGAACACACAGCAGAAGAUUCAUGAGAGCAGCAGCAGAUCCAAGAUUUCCUACAUGAUUUUAGAUGUACUUGUGUACUUUUCAUUUCCAAUCUCUCUUUGUUAAUUUAGACAGGAUUGGGAGAGUUACAUUUAAAAUGUAAUUUUUACGUUCUCAUUAACCAUAGCCUAUUCUGCAAGAGGAAUGAAACUUAUGAGCUUAGGGUACUUUUGCAGACUGUCCG